CGCAGUGCCGUGCAGUGUGAGAGUGCCUAGUACUACUCCGUACUCAGCCACCACGGAGAGGCUGACAGUCUUGCCAUCAAAGCGCCCCUCAUUCAUCACACUGCAUCACUUACCACUUACCGUGUCAAAACAAGUGACUCUCCAGACCCUGUCGUGGCUGUAUGUAUGCGCACCUGCUCACCCUACUCACCCUAGGUACUCAGACGCCCACAACACCCCACCAUCCUAAUCAUCUGUAGGUACGCAAUCACUGCGAAACUCAAUUCUUUAAGUCCUCCCACCUCCUCCCAUUCUUUGAAGUAAACCUUCAACAUCACAACUUUGACGCUGUGCCUGCUAUUCCUUUCAAGCACCCAAGUCGCAAUCCAGACCUCCCUCCAAAUAUCAGCAUAGUACCUCUGUUCUAUCACAGCCAUGCCUGUUUCUGGACUUUCCGUCAACCCGGAAUGCGUCUCUGCCUUCAAUGAGCUCAAACUCGGCCGUGGUGGCCCCAAAUACAUCAUCUACAAGAUCUCCGAUGAUCAGAAGGAAAUUGUGGUAGACGAGACGGGCAAAGAGCCCGACUACGACACAUUCAGAGAGAAGCUUAUCGCCAAGAAAGAGCCAUCUGGAAAAGACAGACCAUCUUAUGCCGUCUACGACGUCGAAUUCGAACUCGAGGGUGGAGAAGGCAAGAGAUCCAAAAUCGCCUUCAUCACCUACAUCAAUCAGGAUGCCACCGGAGUCAAGUCCCGCAUGGUUUAUGCUAGUUCCCGAGAGACCUUGAAGAAUGCUCUCAACGGCAUUGCCAUGAACUGGCAGGCCAACGACCCCGGCGAGUUGGAAUGGGCCGAUCUGCUCAAGGAGGCCAGCAAGGGCAAGGGCACGAUCUGAUCAGAUGUAGUCCGACUGCGACCAGAUGGCAACCCCGACGCACCAGUUAUUGCGCCAGCUGGCAAGUUUCCAACAGGUGGUGGAAUGAGACAUGUCAACCAUCCCUGAUGCAAAGCGGUAGCAGUUCGUUCAACGAGGAUGCAUCCUUGGAGAGCACUCAAUAUCCCGCGCCAUAUGACGAUGAUAGAACUUUGAAGCAUCCACACAAACAUGAUAAGGUCAAUGGUCUCGGAAAGUCCCAAGUGUUUUUAUGUCCUUGACGCAUGGGCUAUAUCUAUGCGCAGUGAUUUGUCUUUGUAGAGGUACAACCAAACAAACGAAGGAUGGCUGGCUCGUUUGGCGGUGAUGGUGUUUUGCUGCGCAUUUGAUUCCCGUGGCUAUCCUGCAGCGUCUUUGAUCUAUGAGACCCCAUUCGUUCAUACCUUUUAACGUGCAUUGUAGAGGACAUCUGCUCACUCAUGGCCCUGUUCAAGAGCUCGGUACGCCGGACUGGCACUGGUGUUGUAAUGCUG